AUGGUGACAUUCGAGCGACCUUCACUGCACGUUGCGAGACCCAAGUCCGCAUUUUCGGACUCCGGAAAUGCUCGAUGGACCAACAAGGAUCUAGAUCCCGUACGGAAGGAGGAUCGGAAGUGGGGAGUCUGGUCGUUCAUUUCAUACUGGAUUUCCGACGCCUUCCACGCGGCUACAUGGCAAUUCGCAGCGGGAAUAAUCACAUUGGGACUCAGCUGGCGAGAGUCCUUGGGCAUUGUCGCCCUUGCCUUUUUCAUCGUCUCCAUUGUGAUAGCUUUCAAUGGCGCCACGGGCGUGCUCACGCAUUCCCCCUUCUGGGGCUCCUACGUUGCCAUUGUGUCUCGCGCCAUCCUCGCCAUAUUUUGGUUCGCAAUCCAGUGCAUGAACGGCGCCAACACUGUCCGCGUCAUGCUCGGAGCUAUAUGGCCUAGUUUCUUGACGCUGCACAACUCCAUUCCCAAGGACCAAGGAAUCACUACGAACACAAUGGUGUCGUUCCUUAUCUUUUGGAUCAUCCAGUUGCCGUUUUUGUACAUGCAUCCAAACACGUUGCGCUGGUUGUUCCUGGCCAAAGCUGUGAUUGUGCCGAUCGCUUGGAUCGCCAUUCUCGUCUGGGCCUUCGUAUCGACCGAAAAGAACAGCAGCAUAUUUGACCAACGUGCCACGCUGACAGGCUCGGCGUACUCUUGGGCGUUUCUCUCGUCCCUGACAUCGGUCAUCGGCAACUUUGCCACUCUCUCCGUCAACCAGGCCGAUUUUUCUCGAUAUUCCAGGGUGUCCCCGAAAUGGCAGUACAUUUACGUGCCGUUUCUCCCUCUCGUCUUCACGUUCAUCAGCUUCAUUGGCAUCGCGGCCACGUCGGCAGGCGGAGUCAGGUACGGUGUGCUGGAGUGGGAUCCUAUGGCGCUAAUCUCGCAUUGGACAUCCCGCGCCUGCAGGUUCUUCGCGGCUUUCUCUUUUGCUCUGGCUGCACUUGGCGUAAACAUUUCUGCCAACUCGCUUUCGGCUGCCAAUGACCUGGCUGCCCUCGUUCCCAAGUAUAUCAACAUCAGACGAGGUCAGCUCUUGACAGCAAUUCUUGCCUGGGCCCUCGUGCCUUGGAAGAUCCUGGAGUCCGCGGGGAGUUUCCUCAACUUCAUGUCGGCAUACGCGGUCUUUCUCGGACCCAUCGCUGCCAUCAUGCUGUUCGACUUUUGGGUUAUUCACAAACGCAAAUACAACUGCCUUGCCUUGUAUCAACCGGACAGCAUAUAUCGGUAUUCUAACGGCGUAAACUGGCGAGCAAUCAUCGCCUUCGUCGUCGGUGUUGCGCCAACUCUCCCUGAUCUGAUCAACUCGGUCAACUCGAGCAUUGACGUGGGCGUAGGUGUUCAUCCGUAUCAAUUCGGUUGGCUUCUUGCCUUCGUAGGCACAACGAUUAUUUAUGUGGGACUGUGCUAUGUUUUCCCGCCAGUCGAGACAUUCGUUGACCGCUUUGUCGGUCCAGAUGAGAUCUACGACAACCAGAUCAUUCAAGGUGUGACGGAGGCGCAUCCUGAAGAUGUUGAGUAUCAGCAAAACCCAAAGAAGCAAGCUGGGUGGAAGGCAUGGGCUGAUAAGGUCCUGUGA